AAACCCCCGCGAAAGCGGACUCGUCGGCGCAGGCGCACUGACUGCUCGCUUGAUUCCGCAUGGCCCGGAAGUACUCGCCCUCCCGGUAGCGGAGAAGGGAGACCCUAGGGCGCUUUGGCCGGCGGCAGCUGUGCGCGGUUGUCACCAUGCAGCGGCUGCUUGUGCCGUCCUUGAAGGCUUUGCUGGGGGGCCGGGGUCUCCCGCUGCUGGUUCCUAAGGCAGCGCCCGGAGCACAGUGUGGUUGCAGCUGUGGCAUCAGGCGCCCUUUGAAGCCAGGGCAGUACAGUACCAUCCCUGAAGUAGCUUUGCGGUCUGGAAGUGGUACAGAUUCCCUUCCCUCAAAGGCUGCUGAGCGAGUGGUGGGCCGAUGGCUCCUGGUCUGCAGUGGGACAGUGGCUGGAGCAGUUAUUCUCGGUGGAAUAACAAGGUUAACAGAGUCUGGCCUCUCAAUGGUAGACUGGCAUUUAAUAAAGGAAAUGAAGCCACCUACAAGCCAAGAAGAGUGGGAAGCAGAAUUCAAAAAAUACCAGCAAUUUCCUGAAUUUAAAAUCCUGAAUCAUAACAUGACAUUGGCAGAAUUCAAAUUCAUCUGGUACAUGGAGUACUCACAUCGGAUGUGGGGUCGCAUUGUAGGCCUUGCAUACAUCCUGCCUGCUGCCUACUUUUGGAGAAAGGGCUGGCUCAACCGUGGCAUGAAAGGACGUGUUCUUGCCCUCUGUGGCUUAGUCUGCUUCCAGUUGCCUGAAACCCGCCAGCUCCUGUGGUUAAGACGCUUUGCUCAUGGAACAGCAGGUCUAGUGUUUCUCACAGCUCUCUCAGGAGCUUUUGUGGCAGGGCUGGAUGCUGGGCUUGUUUACAACUCCUUCCCCAAAAUGGGAGACUCCUGGAUCCCAGAGGACCUCUUCACCUUCUCCCCGGUGCUGAGGAAUGUCUUUGAGAAUCCCACCAUGGUGCAGUUUGACCACCGGAUUCUGGGAAUCACUUCAGUCACUGCCAUCACCGCGCUCUACUUUCUCUCCCGGAGAAUGCCCCUUCCCCGAAGGACCCGGAUGGCAGCAGUGACACUGCUGGCGUUGGCAUAUACACAGGUGGGCUUGGGCAUCAGCACUCUGCUGAUGUAUGUGCCGACUCCAUUGGCUGCCACUCACCAGUCAGGUUCCUUGGCUCUGCUCAGCGGAGCCCUUUGGCUCAUGCACGAACUCCGAAGAGUCCCAAAGUAAUUCACAGAGGAUCAGCGUCCUAGGACCAAAACUGACAGGCGUCUUUCAUCCACUGCAUCACUCCCCAAAUGCCAACAACAGGCAGGGCUGGGGCAGGCUAAAGUCAGAACCCAGAACUCAAUCCAUGUGGGUGGCAGGAACCUUGAGACAUCACCUGCUGUACUUGAGACAUCACUUGCUGCCUUGUAGGAUGCAGAUCAGCAGGAAGCUGGACUGGAAGUGGGGUAGCAGGACUUGAACCAGGCACUCUGAUGAUGGGACGUGGGCAUCCCAGGUAGCAACCAAACCACUACACCACAUGCCCAUGCCAAAACUUUAUUUUUUAAAUCAGUGAUUUGGAUGUCAGAUUUGAAGAUGGAAAAGUCCAGCAUCGCUAAUAUAAUAGAUGACAGAGGCAACUCAAAACAGCUCCAGAGUGCUCUUUGGCUCAUGAUUCAUUUCCUAGGACUGAAACUGCUUUUGAGAGCUCACCAGAAAGCACAAGGACUUGAAAUUAAACAGAUUAUAUGGAUUCAGUGUAGUCAUUUGAAUAAAGUAAUUUAUAGAA